UGCACAAAAAAGUGGCCGCGUCGCUAUUCCACAUCAGUUAGAGAGUUGAAGGUGGACACGAAAACUACAUCCCGAUCUAGUAGCAAGUGGAGGGUUUAUGCCAAGUACAUGCACUGAUUUUUUUUACCGAUAGAGGGACGUAGUACCUGUCUACUGACCGCGCAGGUAGAAAAGUGUAAAAGUGUUGAAGUGCGUGUAAAGAAAGGAUAGAGCUUUUGAGAUGGCCGCUACCAGUGUUGUCGUUCUGGACAGAGGAAAUAACACGACAUGUACUAUUAAUUUACACGGUGCUACUGUCGUUUCUUGGAGGGUUAACAAUCAAGAACAAUUAUUUGUCAGCAAACAAGCCGUCUUUGAUGGAAAGAAACCCAUCAGGGGUGGGAUUCCUUUCGUUUUUCCUCAAUUUGGACCUUGGGCAUUUGGCCCCCAACAUGGAUUUGCUCGCAUCAUUAGAUGGAACUUGGAAAAAGCGCCUGAACGUCUCUCCAGUGGAGAUGUUGAGGCUAUUUUUUCACUUAUGGAUACUGAUUUCACCAGAUCCAUGUGGAGCUCUCCAUUCCGCCUAACAUACCGCUUGAUAUUGCGUGAAAAGGAACUGCAUUUUAAUAUAGCGAUAUUCAAUCCAAGUAAGGAUAUAACGUUCAGUUUCAAUAUGCUGUUGCACACCUACUUCAAGGUGCCUGAUGUACGACGAUGCCAAAUAACGGGUUUGCAUGGUUGUACAUUUGUUGAUAAGACAAGAGAUGGGGCAAUUUAUCAGGAAGGGCGAGAUGUGGUGACGAUUUGUGAAUGGACUGAUAGGAUCUAUCAGAAUACUCCCCAGGAGCAUAUCAUCACUAAUGUUGUGUCGGGGCGUAAGAUGCGCAUCCAGAAAUAUAAUUUUCCGGAUACGGUUGUUUGGAAUCCUUGGGUUGAUCAAGCGAAGGAGACGGCUGAUUUUGGGGAUGAUGAAUACCCGAAUAUGAUAUGCAUCGAAGCUGGACAUGUGUCCACGCCGGUGAUCCUGCUUCCAGGCACCGCCUUCGAAGCUAGCCAAAUUUUACAAGUGAUGUAAUUAAGUAUUUAUUAAGUACACAUUCGAUCUGUUCCUUCUUCCAGUCCACGUCGACAUCUAUUAUUAUUAAUUUAAUUUUUAAUCGGGAGUAUUGUUUCUUAUUUUUAUAUUAUUUUUCUUUGCCAUCAUCAGGGCAACUAGGUUGUGAUUGACAUUCACAUGAUCGCGAGUAUAGUAUAGAUUUUUAUUUUAUUUGAUGAUCUUUUUUAUACUAUUACAGUUAUUUUAUUAUAAAAUUUUUCAAACGUGGGACAAUAUCUUUGUACCACAUGUUCUAGCCUUAAUUGGUAUACGACUGGUGUAGAGCAUAGGAAAUUUCCGUAUUCAUUGUGCAAUAGUAACGCGAGAUGCGUUUGCUACUAAGUUAUUAUUGAUAAGCGACUAUUUAGAAUUACAGCUUUAUUUAAUAAACUUUUAAACAUA